CUGAGGUGCAUUAUUGCUAAUAUAAAUUGGUUACCAAUGUAAUUAGAGCACAAAAAAUACAUGUUUUGUCAUACGAGUGGUAUACGGUCUGAUAUACCACGGCUGUCAGCCAAUCAGAAUUCAGGGGGCUCAACCCACCUAGUUUAUAAUUCAGAAUAGAGCACAGCAUCCAAUCGAUGCCUAUGGAGGAUCGGAUGACUGACUGUGUGACUACAGGGAUUGAUUGCGAUUUGUGGAUAAAGAGUGGUUAAUCAUUUGGUUAUUUGUACAUAUAUUUUUGCAUAUAAAGCAUUUUGUCCCAUGAUCAAGGAUAUGCUUGAAUGAAAAUGUCUGAAUAACUAAAAGCUGAUACCAAAUAAAUCACUGAUAUAUUGUGUAAGAUCUUUCACUUCUCAUUUUGUGAUUUAGUUUUUUAAUGUUUUUAUUUUGGUCCAGAUCAUUUGUUUUUCUAUGAACAAAACAGAGGUAUUGUGAUACUACUUGGACCCAUGAUGGCCGAGCUGGUACCGUGACAACCUGUCAUCUUCAUACUCUAAGCCGAUAAUGAGCGUGUCCUAAAACCUGUAAAAAUCACAUUUUAUUUGUCACAUACACAUGGUUAGCAGAUGUUAAAGCGAGUAUAGCGAAAUGCUUGUAAUUGCAAGUUAGAGAGAUCCCCUCCCCCAAAUGAAGGAAGUUAAUCACAAGGCUGGUGUCAGAACAGUGCAGUCAAACCGCUAUCAACUUGGGGGGGGUGAGUAAGAUGUAUGGGGACAGCUGCCCAGCGAUGAAAAUGACUAUCUUUCUCUUGCUUCUUCUAUUAGAUGACCCUGAGAUAGAAGCACAACAGUGGACGGAGGUGAAUGGACAAGUAUACGGACACGUUCUGCUGAGAUUUAUCUUUCCUCCCUUCUACAAUGGUUAUGAGAAGUUAUGUUCUAAACUAUAUCCUGGGCCAUUUCCUGUUGUGAAUACCAGAGGAUAUGUCAACAACUUCUACAAGGGACGAAUAUCGAGAACGGAAUACAACGGUGAGAUGUACGUUAUGAUAUGGAAUUUAAAACCUGUGGACGCUGGCGACUACAGGUGUGUUGUCAGCAGUGUGAAUCAUAUCUACUCUGACUUUCACCUCCAGAUUGAUAGUGGUCGACGUAGAGGUCCUGUACCCCCUCGACCUCGUGUCAGAUCAACCAUCAGACCCUCCAUCUCCUCAUCAUCAUCAGACACCUCUGUGCCUUUUUUCCCCAGUAUUUCCCGGAGUGUUGGUGUACCACUGGCUGCAGGUCUCUGCAUCUCAAUGGGGAUCGUUAUCUGUUCAAUCAUAGUUGCUGUGGUUCAUCGCAAAGUCAGGGCAAAAAAGAAAUGUGGAGCAACUUCCAGUGACUCAGCAGCCCACGUCCUCUCACACGUCCCUCAAAAGGAGAGCAGUAUUGUCUACGCCACAGUGGACUUCAAACCUCAGGAGAACCAUACCACAGAGCUGUAUGCUAACCUACAGACACUCAGCAGCCCCAGAGGUCAUGACCCUGACACACACAGAGAGCCUGCUGGGACGGUGGUGUACUCCACGCUGGCUAGCAACCAACGCUGAACCAGAAUGUUACGUAUCUGUAUCUUUCUUAGCCUGGUGGUCACAGAUCUGUUUGUGCUGUCUUGAUAUGCUAUCAUGACCAGGCUAUCUGUAUAAUCCUUAGUUGCUACAUAUUUUUUUUAAAUUAAUGAUAUAUACUUAGAAAUGCCUCAUGAGCUUAGUUCAUCUGUCGUACCCCCAUCAGAACCCAAAAUAUAAGCUUGUUUUACUCCAAUGUUUAUAAACAAAGUAAAUGUAAUCAAACACAUUAUAGCCUCAACACAUGGUUAAAACUAUAGUGUUGAUAUCAUGGAUGGUCAGUUCUUUUAUCCAUAGCUCUGUCUAGGAUUUAGACACGCCCAUCCUUCCGCUUCUUACCAAAACAGAGGCGGGGUGCCACUUUGUUUCAACUUUGGUUUCUAGCUUUAAGAUGAUUGAUUUGUUUAUAUUCUUUUGACUUAUGAACUAUACAAAUAAAAUAACUACCCAUUCAUAUA